CAGACGGUGCAAAUCUGCGAGAACCAAUGCAGAGGCAACCACAACAGAAUUUCUUACUUAAAUGCACUUUUACAAACGGAUGGCGUUUGUAAGCGCAGGCAGCGAAACGCACAGACGUAACCGGCCUCUCGGAGAAUCAGCCCGGUACAUCAGCCCGUAGGUGCUGCGAACCAGUUGCAGAUUUGAUCGCCAAUUCGCUCUCACGCUGCGUUUUUAGCGACUGUUCGAGGAAUCGUUGCGAUGGAAACAGAGGUUUCACCAAGAAAGGAAAUCAGAGAUCCCUCUCUUCCUCUCUCCUCCCUGCGCCUUUUGGUUCCCCCUCUACGACUGUUCUCUGCAGCCAUGUGGCAAGUGGUGCAGCAGCGAGACAUAAUGCAUUAUGGGAAACUGGAGGAGUUUGUGACUUUGGUGACAGAGGCAGUCCCAGAGCUGCUGAGUUACAGACAGAGGAGCCAGCUGAUUCUGGCACUGCGAGCGAGGGGCUCUGAUGUGAAGGUGGAGGUGUCAGAAGCUGAUUUUGUGGAGCUGGUCCAAACCCUGCUGAAAGACCCAGCUGAGAGAGAGCACUUCCUCCAGCUGGGUCCCAGUUAUGACUCAGCUUUGAAGAUGCUGGUAUGGGAGUUCCUCUCCAGACUGGAGCAGCUGCUGCCAGUACCAGAUCUCAAACAGACUGUGUCAUGGCUCGGUGCUGCCCCCUCUGUCCUGGAGGAGUGUGUGCAAUCUGUCUCUGACCCACAGCAGCUUAAAACCCUACUCCAGCACCACAGAUGUCCUGGUCACUGGGAUAGGAAUGUCUCUGAAGCUCUUCCCUCCAUGGAAAACUCUGUGCUGCCUUCCCUCCCUCCAUUUGGAAAAGUGGUGAAUUCAGCAGAACUGACUGACUCUGAUAGCCAAUCAGAAUCUGCGGUUGGUUCUAAGUACUUUUCAAGUCCUGCAUCUUCAGGUGAAGAAAUGACAGAUACUUUGAUUGACAGCAGAGAUUACACGGUAGUGGAGCUGGGAUCAGGUCUAAACAGAAGUAAAGAUAUAGAGGAGAGGAUGGAGAGGAAGACUGGAUAUGGGAUGAGUAGGGAGGAGAUAGACAUACUAUCCAACAUAAAGGAGGAGGAAGAGGAAGGUGAGGACAGGCAGAGUGAGGAGAUGGAGAAGGAGGAUGGUGUGGGAGAUGAAGAGGACAAGAGAUUUUGGAGGGAGGGCCAAAAAGAGGGGGAUGAACAGAGGGAGAGAGAUGAAACUGAUCCAGCCCUCCAAACUGACAGAGAGCUGAAGAAUGAAGGAAAAUCAGACUGCAGCCAACAGGAAGGGGAGGGCCUUUCACCUCAGGUCACUUCCUGUCUUCUCAAACAACCUAGAGUGCUGAUUCGCCGACUUGAGGUCACAGAGAUGUCAGUUCCUGUAUCAUCACUUCCUCAUCCUGUGGUCAGUAAUGGGAACCAGGGAGUGAGAUCUCCAUGGAAACAGGAUGAGUUUACUCCAGUGAUGGAAGAGGGCUCACUGAGGCAGAAGGAACAAGUCAUGACCCAGAAGGAGGAGAUGAUUGACAGCUUGGAGAACCCCCUGAAAGAGCCUCCAGAUUCAUCAGAGCCAGAGAUCUGUGCUGAACCCUCCUUUGAAUCUUCUGUCAUCCCCCUCAGUAAAGGAAACACAGCGCAGACAGCUGAGGUGGCGUCUCGGGUCUUUGCCUGCUCCCAGUGCCCAUUCACUCACAUGGAAGAAGUGAACCUUCAGCAGCACAUUGAGAAGGUUCACCCAGAGGAGUACAGCAGGAUUCUGGGAUCUGGAGGAAAUGGAGCAGAGAACCCACUGCCUCCCAGCAGCACCCCUCAGAACCCCACACCCCCUAAGACACUCCCCACCCCGACACAGGCCCACACAUGCCCCCAGUGUGGGAGGAGUUUCAAAUAUGCAUCCCGCCUUACAACACACCAACGAAUUCACACAGGGGAGCGUCCAUUCCACUGCACUCAGUGUGAGAAGACUUUCAAAUUUCGUUUGCACCUUACAGCACACGAGCGAAUUCAUACAGGAGAGCGGCCCUAUGUCUGCUCUCAAUGUGGGAAGACCUUCAGAUAUCAGUCAGACCUGACAAAACACCAGAGAACCCAUACAGGGGAGCGGCCAUACCACUGCUCCCAGUGUGGGAAGAGCUUCAUAUCUUCAUCAGACCUGACAACACACCAGCGGAGUCAUAUACGGGAGCGAGGGUUCCACUGCUCCCAGUGUGGGAAGACCUUCAGAUCUGUACCAGACCUGAAAAAACAUCAGCGAACCCAUACAGGGGAGCGCCCAUACCACUGCCCCCAUUGUCCAAAGAGAUUCAAAGCUGCAAAACACCUGACAGCACAUCAGAGAACUCAUACAGGGGAGCGGCCAUAUCUCUGCUCCGAGUGUGGAAUGAGUUUUAGUCAUUCAGGUUCUCUGACACUACACCAGCGAACCCAUACAGGAGAGCGCCCAUACCACUGCUCCCAGUGUGGGAAGAAUUUCAGAUGUGCGUCACUCCUGACAACACAUCAGCGAAGCCAUACAGGAGAGCGUCCCCAUCAGUGCUCCCAGUGUGGGAAAACCUUCAGUCAGUCAAGUAAUCUGACGGAUCACCUGAGAAUUCACACGGGAGAGCGUCCAUACCACUGCUCCCAGUGUGGAAAGAGCUUCAGUCGAUCAACUACUUUGAAGAAACAUCAGCGAACUCAUACAGGAGAGCGGCCUUACCACUGCUCUCAGUGUGGGAAGAGUUUCACUCGAUCAAGUGUUCUUAAAAAACACCUGAGAAUUCACACAGGGGAACGCCCAUUCCGCUGCUCCCAGUGUGAGAAGAGCUUCACUCACAUGAGCGGUUUGAGAGAGCACCAGCGAAUUCAUACAGGGGAGCAUGUCUACCACUGCUCACAUUGUGGGAAAAGCUUCAUCUACCAAUCUGACCUGACGCGACACGAGCGAAUUCACACAGGAGAGCAUCCCUACCACUGCUCCCAGUGUGGGAAGAGCUUCACCUAUCAGUCAGCCUUAACACGACAUCAGCGGAUCCAUACAGGAGAGCGGCCGUACCACUGCUCCCAGUGUGGGAAGCAGUUCAGUCGAUCAAGUAAUCUUAGACGACACCAGCAAAUUCACACAGGGGAGUGCCAGUCUGCUGAGAUCAGCACCGGAAGCGAUUCAGUUGACCAGGUAGUCUAAAGUGACACUAGUAAUCACAGAGGGCAGUGCUAUUCCACUGCUCUCAGUGUGGAAAGACUCACCGAGAGAUUUGACAGAACUCCAAGUCACAGAGAACUGUGAUUGCGCUGUUCUAGUGUGGUAAGCUUUGAGCAAUCUGGGAAAACGGCAGUGAUCUCAUGCAAGAGAGCACUCACUGCAUGCUCAGGGCAGCUGAUGUUCCAUCAGUCAUUUGAAACAGGGUGGCGUGGCGUUGAAUUAUAGUUCCUCAUGCAGUAAAUUUUUCCAUUGAUCCAAAAGAGUGAUGGGGAAAAUGAACCUUUUCAACACAGUGUGAACCAUUUGAAUCUGAAAUAGAUUCACUGUUUUGAGCCGCUUUAAUCCUCAGCACCAUGAUGACAUAAUUUAGUUCAUGGGAGUCAUAGCAACUACUUCCCCUUCUGGAAGUGGAAGAUGCCUUCUGCUUUAUUCCAUAUAACUUGGAUGUAGAGAGAUGCCUAAUAAGGACCAUCAUCAGUAUGUGCUGAAAUAUGUUUGUUCUAGU